AUGUCGGUUAAGGGACGGGUAGGAAAUUCAUAUAGUAGUGACUCCUUGUAUGGGCUCAAGCAGGCAUCUAGGCAAUGGAAUAUCAAGCUCACUGAGGUUUUGUUGGCAGCAGGCUAUUCUCAGAGUGUUCAUGAUCAUUCCUUGUUCAUUAGAAAGGAGGGAACUGAUCUAGAAGGGAUUCUAGUAUAUGUGAAUGAUCUUUUGAUCACUGGGAAUAGCUCUUACAUGAUUCAAGAAGCUAAAGUCAGGAAAUAUGCACUCCAACUUAUUUCAGAAGCUGGUCUAAGUGGAGCUAAGGCAGUGAGUACUCCCUCAGAAUUCAAUCACAAGCUUACCAGUGUGGAAUAUGAUCAACACACUCGUAGCUCAAAUGAUCCAGAACUCGAAGAUAUUACAGCUUAUCAGGGGUUGAUUGAUAAAUUGUUGUAUCUGACAAUUACUAGACCUGAUAUUUGUUUUAGUGUGCAAAGAUCCCCACGCGUUGGAGUUUUGCUCAAGAGAGGAACAAAGCUCACUGGAUAUUGUGACUCAGAUUGGGCCUCAUGUCCUAAUACAAGACGAUCAGUCACUGGUUACAUGGUAAAACUUGGAGAUUCCUUGGUUUCCUGGAAGUCAAAGAAGCAGCAGACAGUCAACAGAAGCUCAGCUGAGGCAAAAUAUAGAAGUUUAGCAUCCCUUGUUGCAGAAUUGGUUUGGUUGGCAGGAUUGCUUAAAGAAUUGCACUGUCCAGUUGUCAAUCCUAUCUUAGUGUUUACGGAAAUUUUUAACCGCAAUCAUCAUCUACACUAUACACAAAUUCAACUCUUUUGUUCCUUAAAUUCAACUUUGUGUUUUUUUGUUCUCUUCCUAACUUCCCGCGCUUUAUGCCAUAAACCCAAAAAAAUGAACCGUUUUUUCUCCUUCAUUCUCCUCCUCACACUUCUCAUCUCCGCCGUGACCGCCGCCGUAACCGCCACCGGCGACGGCAACGACACCGCCGCACUCCUCCUCUUUCAGUCCCAAACUGACAUCCACGGCACUCUCCUUCACAAUUGGACACUUCCGGUGAACUCCACCACCGCCUGCACAGCUCAAUGGCUUGGUGUAAAAUGCAUAAACAACCGUGUCUCCGCCGUAAUUCUCCCGUCGUUCAAUCUCCGGGGACCCAUUACUGCUCUCUCUUCUUUACCCUUACUCCGCCUUCUCGACCUCCGUAACAAUCGCCUUAACGGAACCCUCACACCCAUUACCCAAUGUACUAAUCUUAAGCUCAUUUACCUCUCCGGCAACGAUUUCUCCGGCGAAAUUCCGCCGGAAAUUUCUUCUCUCCGUCGUCUCCUCCGCCUUGACGUUUCAAAUAACAACCUUGAAGGUUCAAUUCCGACCCAGAUUGCGAAUUUGACCCGAUUACUCACACUUCGUUUACAGAACAAUGAACUUUCUGGAACAAUCCCAAAAUCCCUAAAUUCUCUUCAAAAUCUUAAAGAAUUGAACUUUUCGAAUAAUGAGCUUUAUGGGUCUGUUCCAAAUGGUUUAUAUAAUCAUUUUGGUGAAAAUAGCUUUGAUGGAAAUGAGGGUUUAUGUGGAAUUGGAAAUUUACCUCAAUGUUCAUAUACAGGGGAAAUAGUUCCUUCAAACCCUAGCUCUUUGCCUACAACCUCCACUGCAACAAUCGAAGAACCCCACGAAAAAUCGCGAAAAGGGUUGAGUAGAGGAGGGGUAGUAGCAAUAGUGAUGGUGAAUGUGGUGGCAUUGUUAGUUGUAGUGUCAUUUAUGGUAGCAUAUUACUGUGGGAAGUAUUCAAGAACUCAGAGUUUUUCAAUGUCAGGAAGUGAGUGUGGGAAGAGGAGGAGUAGUUAUUCGAGCGAAAAACGAGUUUACGCUAAUAACAAUGGUGGUGGUGGUGGUGAUAGUGAUGGUACAACAGCUACUGAUAGAAGUAAACUCGUGUUUUUCGAUAGGAGGAAGCCAUUUGAGCUUGAGGAAUUGUUAAGAGCAUCAGCUGAGAUGCUUGGUAAAGGGUGUUUAGGUACUGUUUAUAAGGCAGUUCUUGAUGAUGGGAUUACAGUUGCUGUAAAAAGAUUGAAAGAUGCAAAUCCAUGUCCAAGAAAGGAGUUUGAACAGUAUAUGGAUGUUAUUGGAAAGCUUAAGCAUCCAAAUAUGGUGAAACUUAGAGCUUACUAUUAUGCCAAGGAAGAAAAAUUGCUUGUUUAUGACUACUUGCCUAAUGGGAGUUUGCAUUCACUUCUUCAUGGAAACAGAGGACCAGGUAGAAUUCCAUUGGAUUGGACAACAAGGAUUAGCUUGGUGCUAGGGGCAGCUAGAGGGCUUGCUCACAUUCAUGAAGAGUAUGCAGAUUCAAGAAUCCCACAUGGGAAUGUGAAAUCAUCUAAUGUGUUGCUUGACAAAAAUGGUGUGGCUUGUAUAUCUGAUUUUGGGUUGUCAUUGCUUUUGAAUCCUGUUCAUGCCAUAGCUAGAUUAGGAGGAUACAAAGCGCCCGAACAAUCUGAAAUCAAGAGGCUAUCUCAAAAAUCUGAUGUUUAUAGCUUUGGUGUACUGUUAUUGGAAGUGCUCACUGGUAAAGCUCCCUCAGAGUACCCUUCACCGACUAGGCCUCACGAUGAGGAGGAAGAAUUGCCAGUGGAUUUGCCUAAAUGGGUUCGAUCAGUAGUAAGGGACGAGUGGACUGCUGAAGUGUUUGAUCAAGAACUGUUGAGGUACAAAAACAUUGAGGAGGAAUUGGUGUCAAUGCUACAUGUAGCCAUGGCAUGUGUAGUGCCACUACCCGAAAAAAGGCCUACUAUGGUUGAAGUUGUUAAGUUGAUUGAGGAGAUUAGAAUUGAACAAUCUCCAUUAGGUGAAGAUUAUGACGAAUCGCGCAAUUCUCUUUCCCCCUCCCUAGCCACCACUGAAGAUGGACUCCCCGGUUACUAAUUUUCGAUCAUCGUGGCAUUGAUGUUUCAUAGUCCUAGUAGUAUAUGUUCAAAUUUGCAGCAUCUUACUGCAAAUUGGGAAGUUCAAAAGCUAUGGACUUAUGUUUAGUAGUUAUUUGAUUGCUUUGUGUUAUUCCAAAUUACUGCACUUUUGAAAAAUCUGAUGAUCCAACAAGCAUAUAAGAAGUGCAGCAAUCAGUCCAUUAUGUUUUUUUUUAAUGUAAUGUAAUGUAAUGUUAAUUCUUUGUAUUUAA